ACGAGCAAGCGACUCUCCGGGACCUGUCAGCGCGCAACAAGGCCAGCUCUUAAGGAAAAAAAAAAUGACCUUCGCUUCGCUGUACCUAAUCGGAUUGUUCAUCUGCAUUGGGGAAGCUGUCCUUCAAGUGACAAUUUCUCUGGGCAAAGUGAAACUCAGUGUGGGAGAAUCCAAGUUCUUCACCUGCACAGCUAUUGGGGAACCUGUCAGUAUAGACUGGUACAGUCCUGAUGGAGAAAAAAUCAUCUCCAACGAAAGGGUGGUUGUGCAGACAGAGGGCGUGCGAUCACGACUUACCAUUUACAACGCCAACGAGGAGGACGCUGGCAUCUAUCACUGUCAAGUGAAGGAUGCCAGUGGAAAUUUUCAGGAAGCUACAGUCCUGGUGGAAAUUUACAAAAAGCUGACCUUUCACGACAUCCAAUCCCCGCAGGAGUUCAGAGAGGGAGAGGAUGCCGAGGUGAUUUGUCAAGUGAGCAGCUCUCCAGCACCCAUGGUAACCUGGCUACAUAACAACCAGGAUGUCACUGCUGUUCUCGCAGACAACUUCAUGAUGGUUGGUGAUAGUAACCUGAAAAUCCGACGCAUUAAUAAGAAGCACGAAGGUGUUUACCGGUGCGAGGGAACAGUGGAGGCGAGAGGAGAAAUUGAUUUCAGAGACAUCAUUGUAAUUGUCAAUGUUCCUCCCACAAUCCACGUUCCUGUACGGUCAGCAAAUGCAACGGCAGAUCGACAGGAAUCGGUAACACUGAUGUGUACCGCAACUGGAUCUCCAGAACCCAACAUUACCUGGUACAGAAACGGGAGGCUGGUUGAAGACGGCAAUAAGUACUCGUUGAAGGAAAGCACCAAGCUGACAAUAACGGACAUUGGCCGCGGAGAUACAGGGUCUUACAGCUGCCGAGCCACAAACAAAGCAGGAAACGUGGAAGAGCAAUUGUUCCUGAAGGUCUUCGUUCAGCCGCGUAUAACAUCCUUGGAGAACAAGACAGCGACGGAGAACGGGCAAGUGGAGAUCACCUGUGAGGCAGAGGGAGAUCCAGUUCCAGCAAUCUUCUGGAGAAGGUCUGGCAAUGGAAGCAAUAUUCUCGAAAGAGAGAAGGUCCGGAAUGAGAGAGUUGAGGUUCAGAGUCAGAAGGGGAAAUCUUCACUGCACAUCAGAAACAUUGAGCCGAGUGACUCGGGGGCUUAUCACUGUGAAGCUGUCAGUCCAAUUGGGCAAGACCAGAAGAGCAUGCAUUUAGAUAUUCAGUAUGCUCCAAAGUUUCUCUCAACCCAGGUGACCUACUACUCCUGGGAGGGAAACUCCGUCAACAUCAGCUGUGACGUUGCAGCCAACCCCCAGCCAUCCAUCCGCUGGAAGAAGGAGGGGGUUGAGCUCUCAGAUUUGAACACAUCUGCUGUCAGCAUUUACAAGAAGGGGACCAAGAUACUUCUGGAGAUUACUCCAGCCGUGGACAGUGACUUCGGCAGCUACAACUGCACAGCCAGUAACCAGAUAGGGACGAGGUUUCAGGAGUUCAUGCUUGUACAGGCGGCUGUGCCAUCCAGUCCGUACGGUUUGAGAGUGCUUGCAGCAUCACAGGCGGUGGCAAGAAUCUCCUUUACCAAGCCGGAUUCGCAUGGUGGUGUCCCUAUCCAUCACUACCAAGUGGAGAUAAAGCUGGCAGACUCUGAGGACUGGAGAUCCGUGAAUUCCAAUGGGACUCAGACUCAAGUCAUCCUCAGCAACUUGAAGCCCAACUCAACCUAUCACUUCCGCGUGGCGGCUGUCAAUGGCAAAGGCAGAGGGAAACACAGUCAGACGGAAACCUUUCAAACUCUCCCAGUCCAGGAGCCCGGACCUCCCGCGGUUCAGGGUUACAAAGGCAGCGGCAAGAACUUCAAGCUGGUGGUGACAAAGCAGGACGACGGAGGAUCUCCCAUCCUGAGAUAUGUGCUCAAGUACAGGGCUAAAGACAAGGAGGAAGAAUGGGUGCAGAAGGUAACACCGGGAGGCCAGGACUCCAUCACCCUGGAACAGCUCCAAUGGGACGUGCAGUACCAGGUCCAGAUCACAGCCGUCAACAAGUUGGGAUCUUCCGAGCCAACCUUCUAUGAGUUUACCAUGCCACCAAAGCCCAACACCAUUGCCAACACCCUGUUCCGGAACCUGGGUCUUGGGGCCGUGGUUGGCCUCACUGUUGCUGCUCUCCUGCUAAUCCUGGUCAUAGCAGACAUCAGCUGCUUCUUCACGAAGCAGUGCGGCGUGCUGAUGUGCAUCACCACAAGGAUCUGUGGGAAAAAGAAUGGCUCGAGCACCAAGGUCAAGGAGGCAGAAGAAGGCAAAGCAGCCUAUUUAAAGGAUGGAUCAAAGGAGCCAAUAGUGGAGAUGAGGACGGAAGAUGAACCAAUCACAAACCACGAUGGGUGCUCAGCAAAUGAACCAAAUGAGACCACCCCCCUCACAGAGCCUGAGAAGUUACCUUUAAAGGAAGGAAAUGGUAAAGAAUCCUUGAGUCCGGAAAACAUGGAAGAGGCUGUGCCUAAUGACAUCAUCCAACCGAAAGAAGACUGCACCAAAGCAUGAUGGGAAGAACUCUGCCCAAGAAACAGGCAAAGCACCGUUAACCUUGCAACCAAUACUUGUAGGAAGGGGAAUCCAUAUUUGUGAGGUCGAGACAUUAGAAUGGCUUUGGAAACGUUCCUAAGUUGCAUUAUCAGUAAUACAAGAAAUCAAAAUUUGUCCUCAUUUUUCUGGAAGGAUUUUUGGAAAAAAAAAUAUUUCUGUCUUAAUUUUCCCCCCUUUUGCUGUUAAGAAAAUUUUAAAAAAGUGUAACUUGUAAAUGAUAUUGUGGAGUUAAAGUUAAAAACAAUCUUUAUAUUGCUCUUUAUCUAUGUAAAUAUAUAUACAUAUAUUAUAUAGCAGACAAAACAAUCAGUCUGUUGUUUCCCAGUCAGUGAGGUAUUUUAUCUAUUCUUGUAACGCAGGAGAAUGCGACUUUAUUCCUUGUGUCACCAUCUUUUUUGCUUUCAGUUGUCUGAGAUGGAGGAGGAUAUUGUCAUCAGAUAGUUAGCUUUGGACAAUUCAAUACAGAUAGGAUUGGUGAUCAGUAUCACCAAAAACUUCUUUUUUGUUCUCAGUUACCACACACCUGCACCUUCAUGUUCUCUCCUCUGGAGUUUCUUGGAACCUGACAACCACCGCACCAUCCAAGCCAUCCCCACCAACCCCUGGCCUGUCACCCUCUCCGCAAAGCUUCUCAGAUAUUGGAGAGAUCCCUUUUCACAUAGCUAACUGUCACCAGGAGAAAAGUGUUUAUGGACCAUAAUGGACUUCUGGUUUCACCUGUAAAAUUAAUUUCUGCACGUGUACACACACACACUCACAUCCUCUCUCUUUCUCUCCCGCCCCCCCCCCCCCCACAUUGGCCCAAUUACCCAACCACACCCAAGGAGUGAGUUAUUGGUUUAGCCAACAGAGAAAGCUAUUAGCCCAGCCACAAAGAGUGAGAGAGUCAUUGGUUUAGCCAACAGAGAGAUAUUGGCCCAACCACACAGGAGGAGAGAGUCAUUGGAUUAGCCAACAGAGAGAUAUUGGCCCAACCAACAGAGAGAGCCAUUGGCCCAGAUGCACAGAGAAGAGAAAUUAGAAAACAUAUUCUGGAACAUCAGUGUGGAACAGUGCUCUGUUAGCUGUAUCAUUCUACAUUCUUGCCAAACUGCAUCAUAAUUCACCGACAAGUGACAAACACUUUGCUUUUUGACUUUGUGUCAAUUUGAACCUGGAAAGUUGGAGAUGAGAGUGUAAGGUAAUCAAAAGAAACACACAGGCCAUACUUAAGACCCAACUCAGCACUCACAGAGGACAGCCCCAUCUUAGUGAUUGCCCCCAAAGUUUCCCUUCCCUGAAAUAUCUCUAGUGCCCCCUGUCAAGGAUACCCGCAUCCUCAUCAGUUCAGCAGCAGUAAAUGGUCUGAUUCCUGGCCACUGUACUGCCAUGCCCCUUGCUAUUUGAAGAGCCAUUUUGUGACUGAACUCCUCCGCCCCCCCCCCCUCGCUCGGUUCCCUGUUGCCCGCAUGUGGACAGAUGGUCCUCACCUGUAACUCUACUUCCUAUAAUUUUCUGAUUUAUUUCUUCAAAUGUCUGGAUUUUUUUUAAUCUCACUAUAAAAAAAAAACAUUGUUAUUUUUUCUCAAGAGGAACAGUUUGUGAUGAAGAUCUGAAGUCUUCUUCUCAAUGGGUGUUACCUUUUGACCAUAUUCGGUGCUAUUGUUGUGCGGUUUCUAUCGGGAAGGGUCUAUCAGGACCACGAGGGAGAUCACCCCUGGGAUAUGAAUCAGGCCAACCUUUGACUAGGGAGUAUUUCUAGAUUUAAAUAUAAGAAGGGAAAAUUUCACCCGUGAUUUGAGAUAUCUGUGCUCCCCUCAAAAAGGUACAUAUAUUUCAUCCAAGGGAAGCUGACUCGAGCCCGCACUAGAGGUGAAUUGACCCCUUUUCUGGUGUCUGUCAUUAACCUCACUGCCACUUCCAUCCAGUUCAGUGGCCAAUGAAUCUCGGGGUGCCUCCCACUCGCUAGGAAAGGUUCACUCCAAAAGGAGGCAAAAUUUUACGGGAGUCAGUUUUUUUUUGGCGGGGGGGAGAACCUGUUCUUGUUUACUGCCAGCCUCAUCAAAACAAUGUGCAGUGGGAAUAGGAGACCUUGGAAGCAUCCAAGGGAAGGAAUAGACAUAGAGAGCGGGAAAGGGUUUUCGGCUCAGACAAGUCAGGGCCCCUGAAGUGCCCAGGAACAGUGGUCCAAGUGGCCUCUUUCUGUGCCAUUUCCCUGAGGGUGUGAUGUCAGAAUCUGAUCUCCAUUGGUCGUACUUCACACACUCUCCCCUUCCAAAAUUCACCUCCCCAAUGUUGGAUUUUACCCUUCCCCUUCUUGGGCUCUUCCUGACCAGCCACCCUCGAGAGAUCCAGCACUCAAGCCCCCUCUCCUCCGUUCAGGUGGAACUUCCUCGCCCUUCUCUUCACAAGCAGAGUGAAGCUCCAGACUUUGUUCCUCAUUUCCAGCGCAGGUGUCUCCUUCCUCACUCCCAGCAAAGGGGUUCUCUCGGAGGGAAUGCAGAGAGGCCACAGGUGGAAAGAGCAAAGAUUGGUGCACUGUCCUAUUCCUCCCAGAACGGAGAGGCAGAGGAGGAGCAGAUGGGGUAAAUAGAAAUUCUUUCUAUCUAUACAUUCCCUGUUGGAAGCCAUUCACCAUCAGUUAUACCUGGAAAGGUGGUUGGGUGAAGGCAUAAUCACAUCACUGGCGAAGGCAUAAUCCUCUUUAAGGGAAAGUUUACUUACUGGGGCUCAGGCCACCGACAGCAGCUUGCCAAAGAACUCUGUCCUGGGCUAAUCUUUCCAGCUGUGUCCAUGUGUGGGCCAUUUUCUUGCGGAUCUUCCAGGGAUGAGAACAUUGGAGCUUCUGUUGGCGUUUCUGUAACUCUGGGCUCAGGUUGUUAGACUCGUGCCUACCCUCCUCCUUUCACAGCCGGGCUUGGGACCAUCCAUGGCAGUCUUUCUAAAGGGGAGAACUUAAGUAUGAUCAACUCUGAAAGUCCCUUUAAGACCCUUAUUUUUCUGAAUUUCUACCCAAAAGCUGGAAGUUUGAUUCCUUGAACCCACCUCUCUAGGGAUAAUUUGGACGUGCAAAUCCCUCACAUUUGGACACUUCAGUUCUCUACACGACUCUCAACUUUGAGCUCAGGGUCCUGACGACACGGUUGUUAAAAAAAAAAUUGUGAACCUGCUGUACCUGGGAACAAUGUGACUUUUUGCAAUCGGUACGUUUGGUGGGAUUGUUCUCGGGUCUGUGUCUGUACUCCAAAGCUACUGUUGUAUAUGUGUCUGAGGAAGCUGUGACUGGUCAGUAGCCAGACUGCAGAUGUGACACCAUGUACAGAUGUGCAAGUUAUCACUCACCCCCUGUGUCUUUUCUAAUUAAACGCCAUGUGUGCAGCUCAUUCUGCAUGUUGGAA